CAUCCAUCACCUGUAUAUAUACUCUUCCCUUUUCAUCAUUCCCUUCACAAAACAAAUCCCACUCCUCUUCUUAUAACUAACUUUUCCACUACAUUACCUUUUGAUUAUUUCACUAUGCCUUCAAGAAUCUCCGACGAUGUUCAUCAAAAACAACUUGACUUGUACACAAUAAAAGAAUUACCCGAAUCCCAUGCAUGGCGAUCAUCAUUAGAUCAUGAUUACCAAUGCAAUGACUCAUUAGAGUCUAUUCCAGUGAUCGAUCUAAACGACGAGAAAUUCGCAAUAGAAAAUAUUGGCCAUGCAUGCAAAACAUGGGGUGCAUUCCAAAUCAUAAACCAUAAUAUAUCUCAGAGACUACUGGACAAUAUGGAGGAAGCUGGAAAACGACUUUUUUCCCUUCCGAUGCAGCAAAAAUUGAAGGCUGCUCGUUCUGCAGAUGGUAUUGCUGGUUAUGGCGUGGCUCGCAUAUCGUCUUUUUUCUCAAAGCUCAUGUGGUCUGAAGGUUUCACAAUUGUUGGUUCCCCAUUUGACCACGCCCGCCAACUUUGGCCACAUGAUUACAAGAAAUUCUGUGACGUAAUCGAAGAAUACGAAAAGGAGAUGGAAAAACUAGCCGGAAGACUGAUGUGGCUGAUGCUUGGGUCACUUGGAAUAAGUAAGGACGAUAUGAAAUGGGCUGUUGUCGGCCCAAGAGGAGGAUGCUCGGCCCUACAACUAAAUUCUUACCCGGCAUGUCCGGAUCCGGAUCGGGCCAUGGGUCUUGCUGCACAUACGGAUUCUACCAUAUUAACCAUCCUUCACCAAAACAACACAAGUGGUUUACAAGUGUUUAAAGAAGGAAAUGGUUGGGUCACGGUUCCUCCGCUUUCGGGUGCAUUAGUUAUCAACGUAGGUGACUUGUUACACAUACUGUCAAACGGGUUAUACCCGAGUGUUCUACAUCGGGCGGUAGUGAACCGAACCCGACACCGUUUAUCGGUGGCCUAUUUAUAUGGACCACCGUCGGGGGUGAAAAUUUCACCGCUUUCUAAAUUGGUAGAUCAAGGGCACCCUCCAUUAUAUAGGUCAGUGACGUGGAGUGAGUAUUUAGGGACUAAGGCAAAGCAUUUCGACAAAGCACUUUCGUCUUUUCAGCUUUGCGCUCCUCGUAUUGGAUUUGCCAAUCCCAAAGAUCGUAAUAGCGUCCAAGUUGGCUAAUUUGACUAGUAGUUACCUUUUAAUUUUUCUUUUUGGUUUCUGAAAAUAUAUAUCUACUUGUGUUCCUUUUCACUCUUUGGAAUUUUUUUGUUGAUAUUUCGAGAGAGAAUGAAAAAGGUGUAGAUCGAUCAUUUUAUCAAUCUUUCUACCUGUCCUUUCUAGGAA